AUGAAGAGCCUAGUUGCGCUCAAUGCCAGCACCAACAGCUUUACCGGGCAGAUGCCAACUAUGUCUUGUGUUAGUGCACCAUCUUUUGCAGUGCUCGAACUCAGUUUUAACAAAUUCAGUGGAAACAUUCCUCCAGGACUCAGCAAUUGCUCCAUGCUGAAAUUGCUCAGCGUUGGCAACAACCACCUCAGUGGGACACUUCCAGAUGAACUCUUCAAGGUUACCACAUUAGAGCACCUCUCGUUACCUUUCAAUUGGUUAGAAGGAGAGCUCAAAGGCAUCAUCAAGCUAACAAAUCUGGUCACCCUUGAUCUUGGGAAGAAUGAGUUCAGAGGCAAUAUACCAGAAUCUAUAGGUGAGCUGAAGAAGUUGGAGGAGCUCCUCUUGGACCACAACAGCAUGUCAGGGGAGCUUCCAUCAGCGCUGAGCAACUGCACAAACCUCGUAACGCUUGACCUCAAGGUAAACCAUUUUAACGGAGAAUUUACCAAGAUCAACUUUUUAAGCCUGCCCAAUCUAAAAAUAUUAGAUAUUCUUUCCAACGACUUCACCGGCACAAUUUCAGAAAGCAUAUACUCCUGCAGCAAGCUGACCGCACUAUGGCUAUCUUUCAAUCAUUUCCAUGGUCAAUUGUCAGAAAAGAUAGGCAAUCUGAAGUCUCUCUCGUUUCUAGCACUUGUUAACCUCUCCCUUACGAAUAUCACAAGAACACUUCAGAUCCUUGGUAGUUCCAGGAGUCUCACCACCAUUUUUAUUGGAUUCAAUUUCCUUCAUGAGACCAUGCCAGAGGAUGACAACAUUGGUGGUUUUGAGAAUCUUCAGGUUCUUUCUAUGAAUUAUUGUUCAUUGUCUGGAACAUUACCAGCUUGGUUAUCAAAGCUCACCAACUUGGGGAUGCUAUUUUUGCAAAACAAUCAACUUACUGGACCAAUACCUGACUGGAUCAGCAGCCUAAACUUGCUCUUCUAUCUAGACAUAUCAAACAACAGCUUUACGGGGGAAAUUCCAACUGCCUUAAUGGAGAUGCUAAUGCUAAAAUCAGACAAGACUGCACCAAAGAUCUUCUCUGAGCUGCCUCUUUAUUUUUUCAGUCCAUUUGUCGAAUACCUCAAACCUGGUGCUUUUCCAAAAGUGCUCAAUCUAGGCAUCAAUAAUUUCACUGGUGUGAUCCCAGAGGAGAUUGGUCAGUUACAAGGGCUCCUUUUACUCAAUUUGAGUUCCAAUAAAUUAUCUGGAGAAAUCCGACAACAGAUCGGAACCUUGACGAACCUGCAGCUGCUCGACUUGUCCAGCAACCAUUUCACUAGUACAAUUCCGGCCACACUAAACAAUCUGCACUUCCUUUCCGAAUUCAACAUUUCUAAUAAUGACCUCGAAGGCUUUAUUCCAACUGCGGGCCAGCUUAGCACAUUUCCAGAUUCUAGCUUUGAUGGAAACCCAAAAUUGUGUGGUCUGAUGAUUGUAAACCAUUGCGGUUCAGCAGAAGCAGGGCCAGAGUCCAUCAUCUCCAGAGAACAAAUUGGCAGUAAGGUCAUCUUUGCGAUCGCCUUUGGUGCUUUCUUUGGAGUAGGAAUCCUAUAUGAUCAGAUGGUCUUAGCCAGAUAUUUUUGCUAA